AUGAGGAAGCAGGCCAAGAGGAAGAAGAAGAGCCGUCCCUCGAAUCCUACACCCGCGGUGGGACCGGCCGCGGGCGUACGGCCGAGCCCCCAGGAGGAAGAGCGGAAGAUCCUGGGCGCGCUGAUGGAGGCGUUUGACUCGGUAUCGAUCCACGAAGCGGCUGCCGCGUACAAGGAGGCCAACGGUGACGUCAACAGGGCUGCCGAGAUUUUGACCGCGAUGGCCGACAACGCCGACGUGUCGAGCAGCGGGGUUUCGGGGUUCGAUACCGGGUCUGGAUCCGGCAGCUCCUGCAGUUCUUCUUCGAGUUCUGGCUCGUCUGAAGGGUCCAUGGAAGGGCAUUUGAUCGGUGGGGGAAAGGGGUUUCGAGGGAAUAACAAGCAGAAGAAAGUGGUGGCAGUUACCGGGACGGUUUCGACGUUGCUGGGGAAGGAGUAUGUUAAGGCCAGCCAGAGAAGGGAUUCCUCGAAAUCGAAGGAGUUUGGUAAUGGUGCCCCAGACCGAGAAGAUGCCGCGCAGUUCCUCUGUUCCAUGCUUGGUGAAGAUAGCGAGCUGAACCUGGCGGUUGUCAGAGACGUUCUAUGCCAAUGUGGUUACAACGUUGAGAAGGCCAUGGAUGCCUUGAUUGAUCUAUCCGCAUCAACCUCCGAGCAAUCUAGUAAUUGCAGCAAAAAGCAAUAUACUUAUUACGCUGACAAUUUCAUAGACAAGGCUUCUGAUUGCACUUCUUAUUCAUCUGAAAGCGAUCUCAAUGAGAAUGUGUGGGACUAUGGUUACAGGAAUUAUGCUCAAGUCCUCACUAAUUCAGAAGCUCCAUCUCCAUCUGUCCCAAAAAUUAGCAAAUCAGAACUUCCUCAAAAGGUGCUGGAUUCUUUGUACAGCAUUACAGAGAGUUCCAAACAUGAACCACACUCUAUGAAUUGGAAGAAAAUAGUAAAGAAAAUGCAGUCACUUGGGCCUGUUGAUGUGCCUCUACUUAGCGAUGAUGCAUCUGAGCUAGACAUGGAUGCUAAAGGCGAUGAGUAUCGUGUCCUUAGAGAAUCUGCGAAGCAACACUGGGAUUCUAGGACAUCCUACUUUCAUAGGGCUGCUGCAGCUUAUUCAAAGGGUGAAAGGCAAUAUGCAGCUUAUUUGUCUGACCAGGUGAGAGCAGAAACUAAAUUUGCUCAAGAAGCUGAUAAGAAGGCUAGCAUGGACAUCUUUAAGGCUAGGAACAAGGAGAUAAAAAAUGUGGUAACCAUUGAUUUGCAUGGUCAACAUGUCAAGCCAGCUAUGAAGGUUUUGAAACUUCACCUUCUAUUCGGAACUUACGUGAACUCAAUUCAGGUCCUCCGAGUAAUUACAGGGUGCGGGAGUCAUGGUCUGGGAAAGUCUAAGCUGAAACAAUCGGUGGUAAAACUUUUGGAAAGUGAACAAUUGGAGUGGAGCGAAGAGAACCGGGGCACUCUGCUAAUUAAGAUUGACGGAUGCAAAGAGUAUAGCUUUAUGGACACAGAUAGUGACCCGGAGUAA